GAGGCAGACACAACUUAGUACUGUAGGUCUGGAGAACACCAAGGGGGAGGAUCUUAUUUCACUCCCCUGUGCACAGUCUGAGCAUACAUCAGACCUGGAGGUGCACAGAUUCAGACAAGAGUAAAGAGGCGUGUGAUGAUUCUGCCUUAGUACUUGUACAGACAGGAGUGUUUCCAGUACUUCUUUGUACAACUCGCUGAGGGAAUGGGAACCUGUUUUAUAGCUCUGGAAACAUAUGCACAGUAAGAAUGUCUGAGGUUAUCCGAUGCACUCUGGUGAACUGUAGUUGUCUGUGUUUCAAACCUGGAAAAAUAAACCAACGACAAUGUGACCAGUGUCGACAUGGUUGGGUAGCGCAUGCCCUAAGCAAAUUAAGGAUCCCCAACCUGUAUCCAACAAGCCAGGUAGAGAUAGUACAAUCCAAUGUGGUCUUUGAUAUCAGUAGCCUCAUGCUGUAUGGAACCCAAGCCAUUCCUGUCCGCCUUAAAAUCCUGCUAGAUCGUCUUUUCAGUGUCCUGAAGCAAGAAGAGGUGAUACAGAUUCUCCAUGCACUGGACUGGACACUGCAGGAUUAUAUACGUGGAUACGUGCUACAGGAUGCUUCAGGAAAGGUGCUGGAUCACUGGAGCAUAAUGACCAAUGAAGAAGAACUGGCUACUUUGCAGCAGUUUCUUCGCUUUGGGGAGACUAAAUCCAUUGUAGAGCUAAUGGCAAUUCAAGAGAAAGAAGGGCAGUCAAUUAUAAUACCUACAACAACGACUAAUUUGGAUAUUAGGGCAUUUAUAGAAAGUUGCAAUCAAAGAAGUCCUAAUCUUUCUUCUUCCAUGGACAAAAUGAGCUCUACCAACGUUCAUCACUUUGAGAACAUUGUAAAUAAUAUGGCUUUCAUGCUGCCUUUUCAGUUUUUCAGUCCAGUGCCUCCACCUUUGAUAGGUUCACCACCAGAAAGACAUUUGCUUGAGCAAGGUCAAGACCGCAGCAAUGAAACUAAACAAGAUGUUCAGAUACCAUUUUCCGAAAGCAACUUCUUAAUUUCCAGUUCUACUUCAUUUCAAGUUGAAAAUGAGAGGAGCAUAAACAGCCCAGAUGCCACUACUAAAACAGAAGACGAUGCCCCUUUAAGUGAUUCUAGCUCACAUAAUACAAUAACAAAGCUUGAAAGGACAGAGUUAUCUCCAGAAAAUAAAAUGAAAUCUGUUGAAAAAAAUGGCAUUGGACCAAGAAAAGGACGAGUUUUCUGCACUGCCUGUGAAAAGACAUUUUAUGACAAAGGAACUCUGAAGAUCCACUAUAAUGCUGUUCAUCUGAAGAUCAAACACAAAUGCACAAUUGAAGGCUGCAAUAUGGUGUUUAGUUCUUUGCGAAGUCGAAAUCGUCAUAGCGCAAACCCCAACCCAAGACUCCAUAUGCCAAUGAACAGAAACAACAGAGAUAAAGACCUGAGGAACGGUUUGACUAUCGCUGGACCUGAAGAAACCAAAAGGACGGACUUUACCAUUUUAACCCCAGAUAGUAGACCUAUUACUAGCUAUGUCAGUUCUUGCACAGAUUCAAAGGUGCAAUCCAGUUUUCCCAGUAUUGGACAGAACGGUGUUCUCUUUCCAAACUUAAAGACAGUUCAGCCAGUUCUUCCUUUUUAUCGCAGUCCAGUCACACCAGCUGAGCUUGCUAAUACCCCAGGCAUACUCCCUUCUCUACCUCUCAUUUCUUCAUCAAUACCCGAGCAGCUGGUUGCUAAAGGAUUGCCAUUUGAUGCACUACCCAAGAAAAAAUCCCGUAAAUCGAGCAUGCCCAUCAAAAUAGAGAAAGAAGCUGUUGAGACAGCUAAUGAAAACAGCAACCUUGCCAGCUCGGAAGAUGAUACACCUCUGCAGGUGGUAAGCGAUGGAGAGCUGGAGACCUGUGAGCAUAGGAUUGAAAAGCAGAUGAGUGACAGGGUAGAAAAGCACCCCAUUUCAGGUAAUUCAUGGAAAUCUCUCUCUGGGGUAGAGGGCCCAAAAUAUUUUGAUUCUGUCAUUGAGCCAAAUAACAAAUACAUCAAGGAAACCGCUGAGAAUGAAUUGGAUCACUCUAAGAGAGAGAUUACGCCAGAAGAAAACCAAGCAUUAAAAGUAGCUUCUCAUGAAAUCAUGUCUGAAGAUCCAGAACAACACAACAGUGAUGUUAUAAAACCAGUGACUACAUCCUCUCUUUAUAUUAAAGAGCAGUCAAAGCACCGGAUUCCUAGUAAUGAUUGCACUGAAUUGCACCACCACUUGCUAACUGGGGGCCUCUUCAGUGCUUUGUCCAACAGGGGUGCUGCCAUUCCUUGUUUAGAAGACUCUAAAGAUAUGGAUCAUAUCAGUCAACAUGCACUAGGGAUUCAGAAGGCAGAAAGCCGCUUUCAUUGUGACAUCUGUAAGAAGACAUUUAAAAAUCCUUACAGUGUAAAAAUGCAUUAUAAAAAUGUACAUCUGAAAGAAAUGCAUAUUUGCACAGUUGAGGGUUGUAAUGCUGCUUUUCCUUCUCGUAGAAGUCGAGACAGACAUAGUUCAAAUUUAAAUCUUCAUCAUAAGCUUCUGACCAAAGAUACACUGGAAUUCAAGGACAACUAUUUCAAUGCAACAUACCUCUUGAAAGACAUGGCUAAGGAGGUUUGUCAAGAUGUGUCUUUAAAACAACAUGUUGGACAGACUUCUGUAAUCUUCAAAGGAAUGAACAGAACAGGCAGCUUGGUUUUUCCACUGAGCAAAAUCAGAGAACCCUGUUCUGAGAAUUAUGGAUAUGAUCCAAUGAAUGAUGGUGCUGUUCUGGAUUUAAGCACUACUUCCAGCAUUAAGUCUGAGAGCAGUGCACAUUCCUCUUGGGAUUCUGAUGGAGGCAGCGAAGAAUGCAUCAUGCCUUUGGAUGAUAGUGAUGAAAGUUGUGAAGGGCCAAGCCUAAUACCGAAUGAAGAGCUCUACCCGGACUGUACUGUAAUUGAGAAGGCUAAUCAAAGCUUUACAAAUUUACCUUCCAGUUUGCCAAUAACUUGUCAUAUAUGCCAAAAAAAUUACAGUAAUAAAGGAACCUUCAGGGCCCAUUACAAAACUGUGCAUCUCCGCCAGCUCCACAAAUGUAAAGUCCCAGGUUGCAACACAAUGUUUUCAUCUGUCCGCAGUCGAAACAGGCAUAGUCAGAAUCCCAACUUGCACAGAAGUCUGACCAGAUCACCAAAUAGCCUCCAGUAACAACGUACUAAUCUCAAUUGACUUUUUGCUAAGCGUAAAUCAUUUCAGAUAAGAAAGAGUUGGAAAGAUUUUUAAACAAAACAAAAAAAACAACCUCAUUUGAUGCUGGGUCCAUUUAACAUAUGGGGUCAAAUUCUGCUCUCACUUAUACGGAUGCUUUCCUACAGCUUCACUGAGCAAAAUGUGGUGCCAUCAUUUUUAAACCAUUAUUUUGUUUGACGUUAAAUAACAGAAACUUCUUUAAGGAAAAGAAAGCAGUAUUGGCAUUGGGGUGAAUGUGGCACCGUUAACUGAAGUCUUUUUGACAGUUUGCAAAGUAUUAUUCACUUACAGUACGAAGUUUCAAAGGAGAAACCUCCAUCCCAUUGGAUCCUGUUAUGUUUACAUGUUAAAUGGGAGUAGUAUUCUAGGAUGUCAAUAAAGAUGGGGGCGUCCUUUGGUUGGGUUGGGGGUUUGGGGACUGUCAUUUUAUUCCUGAGGCCAUUGUCAGAGGCUCACUUGCAGUAUUAAAUAAAUUAUGGUGUUUUCAGUUUAGUUUUCACUGAAUUUCAAAAGCCAAAAUACAAAUUUAGGAGAAUGUAGGAUGAUGCAAAUUCUCCACAAAUUCUGCAGUCCUUACUCCUUAAUUUCAAUGGGAAUUUUACUUGGAUAAAGACUGCAGGAUUCUGGCCCUUUGAGAAUAGACCAGAACUAGAUUUAAAACGAAAUAUUCCUUUCCAUGCAAGAGGGUCUCUUGGUUAAAUCUGAGAGAUCAUGACAUGUAUCAGCAGAAGACAGCUAAGCAUGUUGGUUCCAGAACUACAGCAAACAUCCCAGAGGUAGAAAAAAGUAAAUACUAUAUUUUAAAUGCAUUUUUUUACCUCUACUUUCACGAAAAGUGGAAUACUUGGGGGGAAAUCCCCCAAAUUAUUCAUAAUUUUAAAGGUAUAGUUUCAAACCUGUGGGUAGGGUGACCAGACGUCCCAAUAUUUAGGGGUUUGUCCCAUGUCCCGACUGAUCUUUGGUCCCGAUAUUUUGCGGUAUUCCUUUUUUUCUUUUUUCUUUUUUCUUUUUUUUUUUUUUGCUCUGCUG